CUGACAAAAAUUCCUUGCGUUUUAGUGAAAAAGUUCAACGAAAAUGCUGAAAAAUGGCACCCGCCAACUGUCCCGAGCUCCGUUAGUUGUCCUCUCUGACACACCUUACCAUUGAUUGAUUGUCCACCAGCGACCUUCAACCGGUACGGUAGCUCGGAUAAGACACCAGUUCGCAACAGCAGCAGCAGCACUAGUAGUUAACUUUCAUGUGCGUAGAGAAACUUCCACUAAACUAGUUGAACAGUAAGGAGUCUCCCGUAUAAUUAUAACAAUGGGUACGGUAGAAUGUCCCGUAUGUACCCUGUACCUCCGGGCCGACAUGAGCCUGGAGGCACAUUUGGAGACUCAUCCGUCGGAUAAGGUUAUCAAAGCUUUGGUGGCGAUGGUUUCGAAGACAGGUCCUCCAGCGGAAUCAUCAGAAUCAUCAUCCGUAGUCAACCCUACACCAGCUAAUGCAUUGGAAAUGACCUCAAUGCCAGCUUGCAGCUCGCGUUCGCAGACACCACCGAAUGCUCUAAUGUAUCACUCUAGCGGUUAUGAUCCAAUGCAUCAGGCUGCACCUCCGCCGCCACCAGCACCGCUGGUUACAAAUAGUGUCCCAACCGCGAUAACCGUUGUCAAGGCAUCCGAUGUUGGUUAUCCAAUAAACAACGUAAUGAUCGUGAAAAGUUGCAGCACUAAAUUCCUUCAGCCAACCGGAAACCCUGCUGGUCUAGCUUAUGCUUCGGGAUCAAUUGGAGGUGGAAAAGGAAUGUUUCUAGAGUCCGAUCGUGGAGGAACUCAAGCAAGUAAAACAGCCUCCAUCACCGUUCGCCGUCAGCUUGCCCCCUCACUGUACCCGCGUUACACAAACGAGCGCUAUUCUGGCCCUCCGCCACCCUACAGUACAGCAAUAUCAUCCACAAUAUCCACCGGUUCCCAACUACAACAAUCCACGAUGACUGGCAUUUCUUCCAAAUACGAACAAAGACAACCAGUGGCUCAGACUAUUGCAGUCACUCAGCAGCAGCAGCACCAGCAGCAAUACUAUCAAACUCACCCACCGCCCCCACCUCCGCCGCCACCAAUGCUGCAUCAAUCAUCGAUUGCAAUACACCAUCAGCAGCAGCAACAGCAACAACAGCAUCACUACCAUCAAACAACCUCGACUAGUGGGAUCAGAAAUUCCAACUUUCUGCAGGCUCAGUACACGGAAAAAGAAGACGGCAACUUUGUGGUUACCGAGAAUCCGAAAAAAAUAGUCGAAUACACCGAGAACGAUGAGGGUGACUUUAUGGUAAUAGAGAAAAUUAUCAAACCGACCCCGCGGGUUGUUCAAAUUCCGCCGGAUGAUCAUUCUAACUCAAAACUAGAACCAACAGCAAUCUUGCCUAGCGAUCAACAACAACAAGAGGAUGUUCAACCGGAACCGGAGGAAGUCGAAGAAAAUGAAUCGGAAUACGAAAUGGACAUUGAAGAGGAUGAGUUGUACGAGGGUAAAGAUAAGGAGGAUGGUCUUCUGCGGGAGCAACCAAGCACGAUUGAGAUAGUAGAAAAUGAAGACGGAUCGUUCAACGAUAAUCGUGGAUCGCACACUAUGAAAGAGAUGCCAAAACCGAUCAUGAUCGGUGGCAACGAUGAAAGCAGCAGCAGUAAGAAAUAUAAUAGGUUUAAUUUCAUUGUAGAAUCAUACAGUUCCGGCAAUGCUGGUCAUUCUUCAAACGGGAGCUACACUCCCAAAAAGAAACCAGCCAGUGGACUGAAAGUGUUGAGCAACGUCAAGGUCACCACUGACCUGUCUCAAGGCAUUAAGGAUAUUAUUCUUAAUUUAAAUAGCAAAAACAAAGCUGCCAAUGUUGCUGGCAAUAAUAGUGGAAAUACCAGUAACGCGAGUGAAAUAGGCACGUCACUCAUUUCCGGGGUUAAGCAAGCAGCUGUUGUCAAUAACAAUUGUCAGAAUGAGCUUAUCAUAAACACCGGCGGCAAUAUGCCGCCGAUCGAUCUCAACAACGUAAAUGAUAUUGAAAUCAUUAACGACGACGAGGAGGACGUUCGUUCUGGCGAGGAAGAGGAAUGCUACGUUGGGUCGAUGGAAGUUAAGGCAAGCAUCUCCGAUAUCGUUCCGACUAGUCAAGAAUCGCAGGAAUCGUUGGGCUCUUCGCAGUCGGCAUCCUGCGCUUCACGUACAACACCGACACCGUCGGUAAUUACUAGUGUAAUCCGUAUGACACCUCAUACAUCGCCGGCAGUUGCGGCUCCAACUCCAACUCCGCCACCGUUAACGCAUAACGUCGAACCUAGUAGCGUGCAGCCUCCUCCUGCUGAACCGUCAAACUCGCAGCAAGUGUCCUCUACAAUUGCUGACACCUCAUCGUCGGUUGCUGACCAUAAAUCAUCAGCUGCUGGACCAUCGGAUUCAAGUAAGAAAAUUGCAGCCGCACCACCGGUAGGAAAAAAAUCAUCCAGCUCUGCGGGACCUAUUUUCAACAAACAACCGAAAAAGCUAACCGUCAAACUAAAAACACCACUUCCACCGGUACCACCUGCAACUCCGCCUUUGGCUUCGGUCCUGCAGAAUGCUGAUAGCAGCGGCGGUAGUUUGUCAGCCAUUGUACCGAAGAUUGAGCGUACCGUAUAUGACGAAGCACCGCUUCAUCAUCAAGAGCAAGUGUCUCCACACGCUACGUCGUCUGCAACAUUUGUCGGUAAAACUGAACUCAUCGAAGAGCCACCAUCGGUCAAUGUAGGGCAAGAUGACCACGACGAUAAAUCACCUCGUAAACGGGAGCUUCACGAUUCGUUUCCGUUACACAAUUCGCCAAUGGGUGGCAGCGAAGAAGCAACCGACCUGACUACCGAAACGAUUACCACUACGACGUUAAUCACGACCAAGGUCGAGAAGGACACCAAACUGUCGGAAACUAUAAUAUUUACACAGUCUUCUUCGACACACUGCAGCAGCAGCAACAGUAGCAACCACAGUGGUCCACCUUCGAAUGCAAGCGCUUACGAUGACGCCGAACAAAAGGAAGUCAUCCUUCCGUCAGCGUCGCAGGACAUUGUUCCUACCACAAUCGCAUCAGUCGAGUGCUAUAAAAUUACCUUCAUCGACGAUGACGAUGCUGUCAUGGCUUCUUCGGUCGGCCAAUCGGAAAAAUCCGACCCCGACAGCGUUGCCGUUGGUGCGCACGAAAUCGUAGCGGCACCAAGCGUGGAGUGUGACGUCGAGUGUCAGGACAGCAAAGCCAAACUCGAGCUCGAUAUAAAGCAAAAUAUCUCCGGAAAAAGUUCGCUGCACAAUGACGAUUACUCUUCACCGGUAUCGUCCGGUGAAUCUUCGCACGAAGACGAAGCGGAAAAAGCAGCAAUCAAAUCCACGGAUGCUUCACCGCAGUCGGAAUCAAUACUAAAAAAAUGCAUUAAAAUUGAGAAGGUUGACAGAGGAACGUUGGACGACUUAGUGACUUGCACAAGCGUCUCAUCGGUAAAGACGUGCGGGGAUGAACACUAUCGAAAAGAUCAAAAGGAUUUACUCGAGGCUGGUCCCUCGAGUGCAUCCACUAGUACUACUGACGGGAAUGGUAACGUUCGUUCGGGUAAUGUUGGCCCGACGUUCUUGGAAUAUUGUGCCGAAUAUGACGAUUAUGUUCCCGUUGCCGGCUACGGAAUGCCACAGGAGCAGAUUCCACUGUCAUGGGUACAGAAGUUCAGUCCUCAGUAUGCACCGUUUGAGGAUCAGAAUUCCUACAUGGAUCUGGAUAUGUGCAGCAAUAAAACUAAUUCGAACAGCGUUGGUGAAAAUAGUGCUACCAGCGCCAGUGGUAGCGGUAGUAUGGCAAGUCGCGUAGACAAUAGUAUGGAUCGGGCGCCUUCGGCGGAGAGUUUAAAUAUCAGAACCGAUGAAAAGAUGCCCGCCAAAGGCGAAAUUUCCGAACAGGAGAGCAAUGGGGAUAUGGAGCUGUCGUGGAAUAGAUUAUAUCCGGUGCACGAAAACAUCCCAAUCUAUCCGAGCUCGUACGAUAUGUCGACGGCGCAGGAGUGCUGGAAUUUGACUAAUCGUGGCAACACCGGUGGUGGUGCUGCUGGUCAUAGCAGCAACAGCAGUGCCAGCAAUAAUAACAAUAGUACUUCCGCCGUUGCCACUGGCGGGGAACCGUCUGGCACUGGCGGCACCCUUAGUGGUGCGCAGCAGGAUCGCGGUGGAGUGUACCAUCCGUAUCAUCAUCAGUCUAUCGGGCUUCCCUCUCAUGGGUUGAAUUUCCAAUUCCCCCACCAGUACGAGCAGCAUCGCAGCGAUGUUUCGAACGAAGAGGACAAAGUGGACGACAAAUCGAAGAUUUUCCUGGACUACGGAGCCGCCGGCAACAGCGGGCUCGGCUACCAUGGAUUGGGAGGAGCUGGCAAUAGUAGCGGAUCGGCGUUGCACGAUGAGGCAAAUCGCAAACUGGCCAAAAUUCGUACGUACCGUUGUACGGAAUGUCCCAAGUCGUUCACUCUGUUGAAGCAACGUCGAGCGCAUAUGUUGUCCGAGCAUCAGAUCGAUUGUAAGAGGGAAGUGUUGGGUGCCAAUGGCGCUGUUAGUAACAAUGCCGGUGGCAUUCCGUCGACCGUUACUUCCGGUUCUGCUUUGGGCCUCUUCUCCGGUGGAGCUGGUGAGGGGUCUAGCACAGCGUUGCUGGCUAAGAAGAUUAAGCUUGAACCGCAACCGAUGCUAAUGAGUUACAGUUCAUUGAAGCAGGAGCUAGAACUGAAGCGAGAAGGAGGAGUAGCUGAUGGAGAAAUGCCCGGCCCUAGUGGGAUGGGUUCGAGAAGUGUUUCGGCAGGUGGAGAAGUUCGCCGAAGGCGAACCUACGUGUGCGGUACAUGCAAGCAAGUAUUUGCUAGAUUUAAAUUGUUCAACGUUCAUUUGAUGACUCACCCCGCCGAAUGCUACACCUGUGGCAAAAGCUUCCGACACUGGCCAAACUUUGCCCUGCACAUUAAGCGACACUUGGGUAUCAAGGAUCACCAGUGUCGGCUGUGCGGCAAGAAGUUCGUAAUCAAGCAGAAGCUGGAUGAGCAUAUGCGGGUUCACACUGGGAAAGCUCCGCUCAAGUGUCCGGAUUGCGAUCAGCACUUCCGACGGUUUUCCAAUUUGGCCCAACACCGCAAUCGGCAUCACCUCAAUAAGGUUCCUUCGGAGAAAGAUUUUGUGUGUCACUGCGGCGAGGUGUUCCAGUCGAAAGCCAAAAUGGAGUGGCAUAAGGAGAUCCACGAGAAUCGGCCGAAGAGUUGUCCGUUCUGUCGGGAAAAGUUUAUCCACAAGAAUAGUUUGACGCGGCAUAUUCGGUUGUCUCACACGGAGAAGUAUGUUAAGUUGGAGAUUGAAACCGAAACGUGCACCAUUUGCCAACAGCCGUACAUUAAGACGAGUAUGAAGCGCCACAUGGAGACACACACCGAGGAACGGAUGGCCUAUUCGUGUGCGAUCUGCAAUAAGUUGUUUACCACCAAUUGGAAUUUGAAGCAGCACCAGUGGACGCACGCCAAUCCGACGCUGAAGCCCUUCCAGUGCAGUAUGUGCUCGAGCGGAUUCGUUCGCGAGGCGGACUACAUCACGCACAUGAAUGCCCACAAGUCGAUUCGGCCGUACACGUGCAACCACUGCGGGUGUCAGUUCAUCCGCAAGUACAACUGGAUCCGGCACACGCGCGAGCACGAGUCGGACAAGAAGUACACGUGCGAAAUCUGCGGCCGCAAAUUCCACCGGAAGUACUACCUGAAGGAGCACAAGCGCAUCCACACCGGCGAGCGGCCCUUCUCGUGCAACAUCUGCGGCAAAACGUCGUCCACGAAGACCAACCACAACAAGCACAUCAAGAUUCACCACGCUCGGGAUCCGCUGACGGCGGAGAAUUAAGUGGUUUGGUUUGGUCAGGGCUAACUAAAUAGGAAGCAAGGGGUAGAAGUGGUUGACAUCUGGUUUUCGCUUUCGCCGCCACCAUUUGCGGGGAGGUAAAAUCAACCAGUAAAAUGCCGUACUAGCUAGCAGCAGUGGCGACGACUGUGCGGGAAAAUUUACACGUGACAGUUUAGUUUUGGAACAACUUUGGGAUCCACCCCACCCCCCAACAAACCCAAUCGAAGGGGUCGAACAGAAAAAAGUUUAUCGAUUAUUUAAAACCCAAUCUCUAGAUUAUUCAUUGGGGAGAGGGCUUAUUUUUUUUUUUUGACGAAAUUAUUAUGAUUUGAUCAAUAGGGAAAAAAGUUUACAUACACUAAAUAAUUGUGAAAAAAAGUGUAAAAAUAGGUAUUUUUGAUUAUGCUUUAUAACAGUUUUCAUCACAUCGAAUAUUUUGUUACCAUAGUUUAAAAAAAUUUUUAUUUUCUUCAAUCAAGUUUCAAAAUUUUAGCGCUUUCUUGAGCCAGAUGUCAGCCAGAGAAGAUUUGUUAGAAAAAAAAGAUCCAGAAUUUUUCACAAAAUUCCAAAAUCAAACAAAAAAACAUUUUAAAUAAUGUCAAAUAUAAGUAGACAAACAAACAAAGUAGUAGAGCCUAAUUUUAUUUAUUUUAGAUAUGUUUUUUCCUUUCAUCGUACUAUAAACAGUCGAGUCCCAGAUGAAAAAUCCGAGAAAAAUAACAAGCUUGAGUGUCAAGUCCACACACAACAAAAAAAAAUACACAAUACAUACAAAGAACUGAUUCAUUAAUCGAACGAACACACAGACAGACUACGGCUUACGUGCGUAAAAUAGUCCAAUUAUUUCUAACACUUAAUACCUAGAACCGAUAGGGCGAUAGCUUCGAUUGUGGAAGCAGCGCAACCAAUAUCGUUUCGAAGAAAGCAUAAGAGAAGAGAAUGUUCUGGUUAAAUUAAUUUUAACCUAACAAAGGAAUCCCUACAAUCUAGUAUGAAGGCAAACAGAAUGAAUUAUUACAACCAGCAUAAGCUAGAGAAUAAGUAAAGCUAGAUGAAAGGUAACAAAAAAAAGUAAUAUUGAAAUAAUAUUAAGUGCAAUAGUUAGGGAACAGUUUUAAAAUUUUCUUUCCUAGGUACACUUUUUAAACUAAUUGCCAAUUUGUGGAGAUCGUCGUUCGUUUCUUUAGAUUUUCCUGAACGUUUUCCCUUUUUGCGGAAUUUUUGCAGCCAUUUUGCGAAGAUUCUUCCCAGCAAUCAGCCUGUGGCAAACUGUAAAUAUAGGUACACUUGCAUAUGUUCCAUCAUUUGUUCUGUUUUCCUUCGUUUCCCCUAAUAUGUAUUUGUUAAGAACGUCCUUAGUUCAAUUGUAAAACCGCUGAAUUUGCUCAUCGUUGCACACACACAACAAAUCAUACCCACACAAUUAUAUACUAAUUAAAAGGUGAAAAAUAGAAAGCAAAAGAUAAGCCACACACUCCCGGCUAAUCGUUUGUUUGUCCAGACUAUCAGAAGAGGCAACAACAUUGAGUUUAUGCGCGCCGCGGCGAAGAAUUCCCUUCCGCGCCGCGCCCGAAUUAAAACAAAUGACUGAUCUUCUUAUAUAAGCAACCAACCACACACACUUUUCUCACCAAUUUGCCUCAUCCAUUCGAAGGUCUUUUUUAUUUUGUCGUAAACUACUAACUAGUAUCGAUUGUAAUUAACUAGAAUUCACACACAGUCACACACACCUAAAAACUCUGAAGUGAAACAAAUUGAAAUACAGCAGAAGAAAAAAAAACAACAACUGAAGUAAUUCGUAAUUAUGAUUGAUAGGUGUAAUACUGACAGAAAUAAACAAAAAUUAAACGAAAAAAAAAAUCUUUGCAAAACCAACAAAUACUUUAAAAAACAACUACGAUAGCGUUUAAUGACCAUGAUGAUGAUGAUAAUGAUCAUGAUCAUGCAUGCAUAACCUAACUCUCAGCAAAACCAACAACAAGUUUAGUGGUGGAGCGGAUAGAGAUUUGAAACACCCCGAAGAAACACGCGAACAGAGCACCAGCGGCUCUGCCCGAAAACCCAUGUACAGAAGAACCCCACCCAAUUUCGGGCGUGCGGUCGAGCCGAAAGACAGACACUCUGCGCCACAGUCAGUCGUCGUCAGUAACCAAACAACAAACAAUGCUUUUUUGGAAAACUACACAAAAUUAAACAAACAAACUAAAAAGAUACACAAAAUCGAGGUAAAUUGAUUUUAGAACGCGAAGAUACAGUUCACCGGCGGGGGCGGGCAGAUGUGGUGUGGUUUUUGGCCGUAAUAAAAUUACAAAACAGUUUAGAGAAAGAAAAAAGAAAAAAGUAAACAAAAAAAUCAAAUUACAUUUUAGACAAAGGAAAAGUAAAGGAGUGUGCCGCGUCGUUCCAACAACCGACUUAGCCGACCGUGUUUUUGUGUUUGUUUCGCGGGAAGAGAAGUGAAAACAAGAAGAAUAAAACAAACAAAAAAUGAUGCAUAUUAAACAAAAACCGACACGUGGAAAACUACAUUCAGCAAAAUAAAUCAUGGUGAUUAUCGAAU